AUGGCGCGCCUCUCCCGUCGCCGCUUCCUCCUCUCGCUCCACGUCGCGCUGCUGCUGCUAGUCCCCUGCUCCUGCCAGGUCGGGGAUUCGUGCUCGGCGGCCCGCGACUGCGGGGUGGGCCUCUACUGCGGCGAUUGCGCCGCCGCCGGCAGGACGCGGCCGUCCUGCAUCAGGGACCUGGCCAUCCAGCCCACCUCCAUCGUGAAGGGGCUGCCCUUUAACAGAUACUCAUGGCUGGUGACCCAUAAUUCAUUCUCCAUCGUCGGCGAGCCGUCACGCACCGGGGUUGAGAGGGUUACGUUUUACAACCAGGAGGACACUGUCACCAACCAACUGAGGAAUGGAGUGAGGGGAUUGAUGCUGGAUAUGUAUGACUUCGGCGGUGAUGUCUGGCUCUGCCACUCCUUGCAAGGGCAAUGCUACAACUUCACCGCUUUCGAACCAGCAAUUGACACACUGAAAGAGGUGGAAGCAUUUCUGUCUGAGAAUCCCACAGAGAUUGUUACAAUAUUCAUCGAGGAUUACGUACAUGCCCCGAUGAGAUUGAGCAAACUGUUUACUGCUGCUGACUUGAUGAAGUAUUGGUACCCUAUCUCAGAAAUGCCAACGAGCGGCCAGGAAUGGCCCACCGUCACAGAUAUGGUUGCAAAGAACCACAGGUUGCUUGUGUUUACUUCCGAUGCUUCAAAGGAGUCUAGCGAAGGAAUAGCUUACCAGUGGAGUUAUUUGCUGGAGAAUGAGUCUGGAGAUCCGGGUAUUGACCCUAGCACUUGUCCAAACAGAAAGGAAUCACAGCCACUAAACUCAAGAUCUGCGUCUCUAUUUAUGCAAAAUUAUUUCCCCACAAUUCCUGUUGAGAGUGAAGCAUGCAAAGAGAAUUCUGUUGGACUACCUCAGAUGGUCCAAACUUGCUAUGCUGCAGCUGGAAAUAGAAUCCCGAACUACAUAGCUGUGAAUUUUUACAUGCGAAGCGAUGGUGGUGGUGUUUUUGAUGUUCAGGACAGAAUCAACGGCCUUACGCUAUGUGGUUGCAACACCAUUGCUGCUUGCCAGGCUGGGGCACCAACAGGCGCAUGCAAGAACACUGGAGCACCUAAUCAAACCACCUCUUCUGUAAACGGGAACGUCUAUUCAGGAACUAUAGAAUUCAAGACUUCUGCUUCAAGGGCCAGCAGUACUUCCACCUGGAGCAACUUGCAAGCAAUGAAGUGCAGGAGGGAACUUUGUAAUAGCAGUAUAGCACAGCAAAUGGUUCUCAUGAGUGCAGAUUGUCUUAUGAAAAUAAAGAAAAAUAACAUUCGCUCUGUCCGAAAGUUGUACUAA